AAAUGGAAUCGACAAGUGAACAUAUAGAGUAUUUCACUUCAUCAAGGAAAUGGGUGCCAAAUUUCACACCUGAGUCUACCAAAGAGAGCUUUUCUGGAGUACACAACAGUCGGAUCUCUUUAAUGAGCUACAACGUACUUGCAGAUUCAUACCUAGGCCAUGUUGAUUAUGGAGAUGUAGAUCCUUGUGUCCUAGACUGGAGUUAUAGAUACAAACUGAUCCAAGCUGAAAUAGAGCACCUUGACCCAGACAUCAUUUGUAUGCAAGAGCUUGAAGAUGAGGUGCUCACUGAAGCUCUUUCCAACAAACUUGUUGAUGGGAAAAUCAUCCCAAAUUACGCCUCAACUUUUAUUUACAAGAUUGAUAAAUAACGACUGAGUUUGAAUUUUCUGGAAGACAUCUAAAUUUGAAUCGCUUGGGAGCUGGUGUAUUGAGUUCAAUAAUCCCAGAGCAAGGUCUCAUCUGUACUGUAAACAGCAUGUGGCUAGCUUUGCAGCCUUGAAAUUAAAGAACCAUCCUAAGAAGAGGAUUAUUCUGGUGGCUACCACUCAUAUUCUAUACAACACUGGAAGAGGGGAUAUUAAAUUAGCACAGUUAGACUUGGCGACUAAGUCUCUGGCCAUGAUCAAGAAUCAUUUGACUAAGAAGUACAAAAACUAUGAUAUUUCUACAAUUUUGUGCGGAGAUUUCAACUCUGUUUCCAGGAGUGGGCUGUAUCAGUACCUUUCUGAAGGAGAGUACGAUUGUUCAUCUCAAAACAGGGACGAAAUAUCUGGCCAAAGGCACGAGUUUACUCAUGAUGAGGAUGGAUACAAGUCUUGUAUUCAAAAAUUGCAGCCAAAUCCAGAAGCUGAACCGCUAAAGCUGCCGUAUUGGUUCUUAGAGAUUAAUAAUACUUCAGUAUUUGUCAGAAAUCCCUAUGAUGAUAAUGUCUUCAUUGAAUUCGGCAUCCAAUGCGAUUUCUUGUUGAUGCUUGAAACCUGCAAGUCUAUUGAGAAUGACUUAGAGCUUCUUUAUACUCAAAGCCACAAGAGAGCAAUCCUUGACCAAGCAGAUGACUCAGACGACGAAAUAGAUUGGGCUGCAGAGUCGAAAGAAGAUGAAGCAACACCCAUAGAUCCUAAAGAUAUUCCCCAACAUGAGUUCAUCCUUAGAAAUCUUGCAGGAAAAUUCAAAAGUGUGUAUCCCAGAGCAAUGGAUAUCCUGGAAGCUGUGCUUUUUGAGGAAUCUCAAACUACAUCUAGCAAAGAAGAUCUGUCAAGACUCGAGAAAUUAGGCGCGAAUUCCCAAGAAAUUAGAGAGAAAUACAACGAAGGAGAUACUAUCUUCGGAGCUUUCAAGCCUAAUUUCCACGACAAAGAGGAAUUUGAGCAGUAUUUCUCAGGGACCACCAAAGAGCUUGCCUUCACUUCUUAUUUUGAAGAGAAACUUCUACUAGAUUACAUCUGGUACCAAGGUGCUCAUAUAGAUGUUAUCAGGGUCCUUGACAUGCCAUGCUUUUAUACAGACCUUGCGAGGUUUGAAGGAGCUCCAAAUGAGUUGAUCCCAUCUGACCACUUACCAAUAAUGGCUGAAUUUUAUAUUGACUAG